CACUAACUCAACAAGUGAGAGCAGCUCGAGCGACAGACAAAAACCUCCCAGAGCCUCCCAGUCAAUUCUCGUUGUUGAAUCAUGGGAGUAACCGAUACUGUUGUAGUGAGCCCGUGGAGGACAUUCAACAGCGCGUACAGGACUCCCCUCCUUCAACGGAAAAGUAUCUCGUUCUCAUUUGGUGUGCACUGGCAGAGACUCCACUUGGGCAGGGGCACCAACCUGACGCCAAGAAAACUGAUCUGCUGCAGCUUGUGCAGAAUGCCAAGAACCGUGCAACAGACGAAGUAUACUUACCUUGUCAUCGGGAUAACUUUGAAGACCUUGAAGAUCACAUCAAGUCCAACAAGUGGGCAGAAGCGUUUGAUUCAGUCGUGGCUGUGCUUCAAGACGUUCGUCCCUUUGACAUUCAUAAGACAAGGUAUCUCAUCGACCAGAGUCGCGUGUAUGCGGAGGCGAUGCAGAGCAAGAACGUCGUCGUCUUCCUCGGUCGAUCGGGCGCCGGCAAAUCCACCUCCCUGCUCUAUCUCUCUGGCUGCAAGAUGAUCCAGCGUACCAACGCCUAUCGCGACAUUGGCCCUGCCCCUGGCGCUGCUCCUGAGGGCUUCAAGGUCAAUGGCAACCCCGAAAGCGAGACGGCGUACGUGCGUGGUGUCCGCAUGACAGUGGAUUACCUUGUGGACAACGGCGUUAUGUUCGGAGAUGACGACACAGACGUCCUGAUUGUGGACACGCCAGGCAUCGGCGACAAUUCCGGUCCAGAGGUUGACGUGGCGAACACCAUCGGCAUCCACCACGCCCUCAAGUCAUGCAAGGGCUUCUGGCCGGUCAUCGUCGCUUCCAAGGAUAGUGGCGGCAACGGAGAACUGACCAAGGCGAGCCUGAAAGUGGCCUCCAACCUCUUCAAGAGCAUCAGCAGCAUCAAAAGUCGCCUGUCUUUCCUCUUCACUAAGUACCAGAGCGUUGACGAGCAUGACGCAAUCGCUGAAAUGUUCAAGGUGUUCCAGGAGCAAGCACGGGAGCGCCCUAGUGAUGAUCCGUACCGUGUCAUCGUCCGCGUCAUCGCCGCCAAGCUCAAGCAACUCAAGAGUCGGAAACAAGCCGGAGAUGAGAUUGUCCUCCCUCUCGAACCAGAUCGCAUCGCACUGCACCUCAACGACAUCUUGAACAAGCAACCCAUUGCCCCGUCAAGCGUGGCCGACCAACCAUCGCUCCUCUCCAUCUCGGAGGCAGCCAUCGCUGACCAGGCCCGCCUCAACAUCGCCGCCAUCCAGUUUGCCAUGGAGCGUGGCGAGCACGACCUCGCCGUUCAGCGCGUCAAGGAGCUGCAGGACCUGCAGGAGGUGGUGCCGUCCGAGGAGGUGACGCGGGCCACAAAGAACGCCCAGCAGGCGAUUGUGCAGCACCUUACGCGUGAGUUCAACGCUGUGGUGGAGCGCAUCAACGAGUUCAAGGAUGCUUCUACCGGCUUCAUUGCCGUGGAUGUGCUGGACACCCUCACCGCCAUUGGCGACGCCACCCGCUUCUUCCAACGUGAGCUGCAAAACCUCGACCUCUCCGCCGUCUCUGCAGAGGUGACGGCCUCCGCCCUUGGCGACCUGGUCAACACACUGCAGCGGGACGUGGGCCGCGCUGAGCUCUCCGCCCACGCGCGCGUCAACCAGGCCAACAAGCUGCGCACCCUCGUCAGCGCCAUCAGCAGCAUCCCUGCCGAGCGGUACGAGAGCGCCGCGCAGGGCCUCGCAGACGAAGUGCUUUCGAUGCAGCGGCGUGCUGUUGAGGCGCUCGAACAGCGACAGCUGCACGAGGCAGGCGAUCUAGGCACAGCCACGCUACAGGCUGCAGAUGCUUUUGCCGCCCACCUCGACGCCACCCGCACGGCCCAGCUGACAGGCGCCAGCGUGGGCUCCAGUGGCGCCGGCAGCAGCGGCAGCACAUCGUCAACAACAACAACAACAACAACAACAACGACGACGACGACGAGCACUGCCAGCAGCCAGAAGACCAGCGCCAGCAGCCUCCCUCAGCAGGUGGGCGAGUUCACCCUCACUGGCCAAGUCGAAGUCGAAGCAGAGACCGCCCAGUCGGCGUCGCAGCGCAUUGCUCCCUGGCGGGACGCGUUCAUCAAGUCCCUGCGUGCUGCCGUGCAUUACCCUGUUGAGCAAGCUCGUCGCACUCUGAUCGACCUCACCCCAAACAACUUGGGCCUAAAAGGACAGACCGCUGUGGACGCGCUGGCAACAGCGCUGGCCCUCACCACCGAUGUGCAGAAGACGCCCCAGCUUGCAGCCGUCAUCGGCGCACAGCAGCUGGAGUCGCUGCUCGACCAGCUUGUGUUCGUGUGCGACGAGCAUCUCACCCACAUCAUCAACGAUAUUGCGGAAGUGUGCCAGCAGGACCUGACCGACGCCCUUCAGCAGGCAGAGCCGCUUGUGCUCCACCUCGUCCGAUUCCGCGACUUGCCCUCUGUGGAUUUGGCGCGCAAGUACACUCGCCACGAGGCCGCAGCGCGUGCAGAGGUUGCCCGGGUCGUGGGCACCGCCCAACAGCUCGUGCGCGAUAUUUUGCACAACGCGUUUAACAACCACAGUGACAGUGGCAUACCUUGCUCUCUCACAGCCCUGCUGGCCUCGCUCAAGGCCGCAACGUAUGCCAACGAACUGCAGGCUGGCAUGAUUGACAAGGCCACCGACAAACUCAUCAGCAGCGUGCGAAGUGAGGAAUGCCAGUUUGUUGCCGUCGCCACCCGCAUGCCCAUCCAGCUCGACAACCCCGACAUUGUUCCCAAUGUGGCGGAGGCCAUCGCCCGACUCUCCAGCCUGCGCACACUUGGUAGCAUCCUUGGCGGUGUCGGUGAGGGCUACACACAUGCCAUUACUCACGCAGAGAAUACUGUCCAACGCAUUGUGGACACGGCCAAGGAGUUCUUUGCCAAAGUCCCAACAGACAUCGUCUUUGACAACCCUGCAACGGGCGGUGACGAAGACGUGUCGAGCCCUUCACCAUCGACCACGCGCCUUGACUUCCAGCUCGACCUGAGACGUGUGAGCCGCAUCCACCACUUUCUCCACAAGGCGACAAAGGAGUGCAGCCUUGAAAAGCACAUCUCUGGUAUAAAGGACUUGAAGAACGUCUUGCAGGGCUCCAUGGCCAGCUAUGGAACGCUCGUUCGUCUCUACCUCUCCCAUGUCAACGCCAACGUGAUCCAAACGUUUGUGAACGAUGCGGCUGAUGAUGCAGUGGCCGCUACCAGACGCCUGAGGAUGGCUUGUCUCACGCUCCAGAUUCGACUGGAGGAGCUGCAGCGCAUGGAGGAUCAGUUCCCAGAACUGCACGCGCUGGCGUUUCCAACGCCGCCACAAGAGCUCAUCCCCUUGCGCCAAGAUGCAGCAAAUCGAGAAUUGGAGUGCCGUCAGCUGAGACAGGACGGACGACUCAAUGAACUGCAUCGCCACGUGCUGGCUGCAGGCAUCUUGCGACAGCUCGACGGCGUCCUCAAGGGCGCCAUCACGUACACCCAGCUCUACCGAAACGCUGUAGAACAAAUCACCGACUUCAGCAGACGGGCUGUCCAGAAUGUUAACGCAGCAGUUGAAAGGCGCAGCUUUUUGGAGGUGGCGACCUUGCUCGAGCAGCUUCAUGACACGGCCCCCCAGCAGCGGUCAACGUUGGAUCAGUCCAUCAUAACUGCCGUCGAUGCAACCUACGCCAACUGCCUGAAGCGUGCUCGCCAGAUCACCAACGUUAACGGCGACAAAUCCCGUCUGCAGCGGUUCGAGGAGCUGCAGCAAGCCCUCAGCAAGGCAAAAUCGACCAUACAGCUGCAGGCGCCCGGCCUUGAGCUCGUUACCGCAGAGCAAGCUGACGAGUGGGAGAAGAAGAUCGCUGCCGUGAGGAACACAGUGAGCACAUUCCUAACAGAUGAGUGCAACCGAGUGGAGAGCGACAUGCAGCGAUGCUGCUUCGCCGAGGCCCAAACCCAACUGCAGGAGCUCGCUUCCUGUAUCCAAGCUGUUGAGCACGAGCUUGAGGGCUUGGAUGAAGCACGCGCGCGCAUCAGCGACCUCAGGACUCGUAUCCUCAAGGGCCCCGAGGAGGCAGUCGCUUCUUUUGGGGGUUUGACAUUGGAGAAGGCCAUCCGCAACCCACCACAGAUCUUGACGCACCUUGCCAAGGAGAGCGACCAGGUGAAGAAAGCCGUGAACCAGCAUCUUAUUGAGCUGCUGACAGACUUUAAGGAUCGCAUGUCCAGUGAUGACGUGAUGAAUGUGAACCUGGAAGCAGUGGCUCUGCAUUUGAAACACUUCAAAAAGCUGUGCCCUCAGCACAUACAGCAACAAUUGGCUGCAACAUCGGCUGACAUUCUGGCAACGCUUCGCCAGCGCAUUGCAUCACGGGCGAAUGAAGCCGGAGAGCGCCUUGACCACGAUGACUGGGAUGGCCUCAAAACUGACGUUGAGCUGAUGCGCAAACAGCCUGCGGGCCAGCUUGCCAACACCAUCAACGCGCAACUCACGUCCAAGGUUGACGGCAUCGCCGAGGACGCCUUCCAAGCGCUCGAGGACCGCAGACAAGACCGGCAGCUCCUCAAGGUUGUGAAGCGCCUGGCCAAGUGCAACGAGAUUGGCGUGCCGACUGCAGCGGCCAAGCUGAAGGCCAUGGUGCAGCAAGCGACAUCGAAGCUGGGCGUUGAACACCAAACAAUGGCGCACGUGUUUGCCUCACCCCAACUGACGGAGCCGGACAUCGCCCGUGACGUGUCCCAGGACUUUGCACGGAGCGUGGUGCGCGCCCUCUAUUUGGAGAGCAGCAUUCAGCUGGCAAACAACUCCAUCAAGAAAGACAGGACAACUGGCGGCGGAGGCAGACUGCAGCGUCACGAGACGGACGAUGGUGCGUCUGUGCUCGAGGACGAUGGUGCGUCUGUGCUCGAGGACCUCCGUGCAUGGGCAGUGAAGUGCUCGAAAGAUGUGGCCAAGCUGCAGCAGGACGUGGGCCAUCUCAAGACCGCGCUGGCAGAGCUGGAGCCCUCCAAAGUGGACUGGAACGCCUUUGCAUCCGUCAACCCGAUGCUGCUGUCGCACCAGUGUGGGCUGGUUGCAUGCACUGGUUCGGAGCUCGCCCGACCCGCAAAGGAGCUUCACAUCGCACCAGCUGUUCUGGAGGAGUGCCAGAAGUGCAAGCAGUCGCUCGAUGCAAUCGUGUCGGAGCUGGAUGACGUGACAACAAAGUGGUUCGACGAGAGCAUGGGCAUCAACGUGCUGGAUGACCAGUACAACGUCAAUUCAGAGGAGAUGCGCAAGGCAUACGCACGCCUCCACUGCACGAAGCAGCUCCUGGAGCUGACACUUCCCUUUGCGGCCUAUUUUGCAGACGGGGUGGAGGCGGUGCGCUCACGCCCGGAGCAGCUGGCCGAGCACGUGCAGCUGCAAGAGGAGCACAUUUCAUCAGAGCUCCACGCAGCCCAGACGUCACGCAAGUACGAUCGGAUGAAUAACCUGAUGGCCCACUGGAACAACAUUAUUGCUCUCACAAAUGCCAAGCCACCACCGUCCCUCGGAUCCAAGUCAAGGGUUUUGUCGAAGGGCAUGCGAGGUGGACAGCAAGACCAGCGUUCGUCACAUGAUGCCCAUGGCGAGCCAAGUGUAUUUAAUUUGAAGCUGGUGAAGGACGUUGAGGCAAACCUCAUCCAAGAUGCGAAGAAUUUGGUUGCGGACCUGCAUCGCUCCCACACAAACGGCACCAUUGCGCACGUUCUCAUCCAGCUGCAGACGCUGGCGGACAACUUUCAGUGCGUCCGCGAUGAAGUCACAAGCGAUAUCUGUGCUUUCUUGGACACACUCGAUGACAAGGGCAGUAUGCGCAUACCCAAACUUGGACUGUAUCUUGACCAGCUGCAGUCCCCAGAGGCACAGCGCGUGCUGCAGGUGUACGAUGUGUUCACCGGGUACCUUCGUCGCCUCUUCAACAACAAGAUCAGCUCUGUGGGCAUCGACGACGCGCUCAAGACGCUUCGGGAAGGAGGCAUAAACGAACUCACACUCGAGCACUGUGACGAGCUGAAGCGCAUGUUUGAUGAAUUCCUCAAGCAGUAUCACAAGAACUUGAAGAUGAUCAUAGAUGGGCCAAAGGCAGUAGACGAACUUGCUGCAAGUGCGAGGGCUUGUGCUGCCGAGAUCACAAAGAACCCAAACCUUCACGCUCAGGGCAUGGAGUGGACGGCUCCAAUGAGGUCGCGGCUGCCGACACUGAUGGCGCACAUCUUUGGCAUGUGGACGCUGCACCAUGCCAGCAACCCCAACCAGGCCCGUGAGGAGUUCCUGCAGCCGCAUCCUUCCCAAGCCCUGGCCAUCUUUCGCCUGCUCGGUGUUGGCACUGAGAAGGGCGAGCUGCACUCCAACAUGGUGCAGGUCCUGACGGGACAAGGAAAGUCCGUCAUCUUGGCUGUCACGGCAUCUGUGCUUGCGCUGUACGGCAUGCACGCCAGCGUUGCCUGCUACUCCGAGCACCUCAGCGUUCGCGACUACUACGCCUUCUCAUUCUUGUUUGACAAGCUGGGCGUGGCUGAGCAUGUUGAGUACGGCACGCUCAACGCCCUGUGCGAGUCGCACAUCAACAAGGAGGGCGACAUCCGCGAGCGCGUGCAGCACUUGAUCCAAGAAGACAAGUUCCAGAAGCCUGGGUGGAUCAAGCGCGCCAAGGACAAGGCUGCUGCCUUGAAGGACAAAGCAGCAAGCUUCCUGCCUGGAAGUGCCAGUUCCUCCAAGGUCCCGCGCCCUCGCGUGCUGUUGAUUGACGAGGUGGACGUGGCACUCGACCCAAGCAUCAUGAGCGACACAUACGCGCCCAACUGCAAGGUGACCAACGAGGCUGUCAAGAACUUGGUGAUGCACCUGUGGGACAAUCGCACAACUGGACUCACGUUUGCGAAAGUGGCCAACUCAACGCAGUAUGAGAACCUCCAACAGCAGUUUGCCAAGCCCUACCACGACCUCCUCCGGAGCUGCGUGAACGCCAUGAUUGUUGACCUGCAAUCGUAUGAGAAACACGGGUACGUGUUUGAGGGCGGCCGCAUCGGUUACAAGCUGCACGACACCGUCAACUACAAGAUGCGCAUGCGCUACAAGACCUUGUUCGCGCUCAUGCACGAGCUUGAGAAGGUGGGAAUCGACGUUCACACUUCAAAGGACGUGGCCAAUGAGGUUGCCUUCUUCAUCAACUGCGGCGCGUUCUCGUAUUUUGAGGUGCAGCGCACAUUUGCUUGCACGCUCGGCGUGACGGGCACGCUCAAGGACCUGUCUGCUCCCGAGUUUGGGGUGCUGAAGGAAGACUACGGCAUUCACACGUACACGGUGAUGCCGUCCAUGUUUGGCGCGUCGCAGCUGAAGCCGUUUGAGACAAACGACCUGAUGAUUGUGUCGGCUGAUCAUUUUCACCUUACCAUCACCCAGGAGAUUAGCAAGCGCCAUGGGCAGGGCCGUCCGGUGAUUGUUCUGUUUGAGACGGAGCGAGAGCUGCAAGAGUACUAUCGCCACGACUCCCUCGGCGCCUUCAUGCAGCACUUGCAAAUCCUGAGCGAGACAUUGGAUGCUUUGGAGAAGGAUGAUAUUGUGUGCAAGGCAGCGCAGCAGAAGCGCAUCACGCUGUGCACACGCUCGCUUGGGCGCGGUGUGGACUUCCAGGUGCGUGACCCGGCCGUUGGAAAACUGGGCGGUGUGCACGUGCUGCAGACGUUCCUGGCAGAGACGAUGGCUGAGGAGCGGCAGUGCAUGGGGCGCACGGCUCGGCAGGGUGAGCCGGGCAGCUACUCGAUGGUGCUGUGCCGUGAGCAGCUGAAGAAGUUUGCCGUGGAUGAUGACGAAAUGUACAGGUGCCAAAGUGCGGUAGCACUUCGCGACUACCUGCGCAAGAAGCGCGAUGAGGCACAUGCAGUAAGGUUUCAGGAGACCAGCGAGGAGGCAAGGUCCUUGAGCGAGCAGCACGAAGAGUCGAUGGCGUUGGUCGUGGAUCUGCACCACGAGCAAUUCGAGUCAGUGAUCAACACACUCGAGCGAUGGAAUCAUACCCACACAGUUCUCCCACAUCUUUCUCGGACUCUGUAUGCAUUGGAUGUCACUCUCUCCAUGGGCGCAGCUCUCAAGCAGACACAGGAGGCGAUGGAGGAUGUCUUUGGACGCGUUGAAAAGAUCCUCGAAAAUGAAGGUCUGUACAACAAGACUGGUAUUGCUGUUCAAGUGGCCGCGUACCGCAACUACAACGCAGAAGCGGACCAACUGCUCCAAUUGUCCGGGUGGGAGCGGGAGCCGGGUGAUUUGAAGGACUUCGUGUCUGGCCUGGAGGUGAACGGCGGCUGGGGCAACGAAGCGAUCGAGGUUGCGCUUCAGCGCGCCAACACGGAGAAGGACGUGUCGCAGGUGAUUUUGAUUGGCGACGCACCAGCCAACACACCAGAUGAGGUGACGCUGAAACGAGAUUCGAAGGGCGAACAGUACUGGUCCAACGUUCCCGGGUAUCCCGAGUUUGCCACAUCCACGACCGCCGAGGCCGAGCUGCAGAAGCUGAAAGAGAAAGGCAUUCCGGUUCAUGCGUUCUACAUUCACCCGCGCGCAAAGAGCUUCUUCGAGCACGCCGCUCAAGUGACUCGUGGGCGCUGCGAGUUCCUGAACAUCAACGCUGCAUCUGGGGCUGUUCAGCUCACGGAUCUUGUUUCCGAAGAGCUGCUGCGGCGCGUGGGUGGCGAUAAGCUCGUCGACACGUACCGAGCCACUUACUGCAAGUGA